AUGUCUUACCACAAGUUUCUUUUGCUGUCGCUGCUCGGCAGUGUUUCCGCAUACACCCUCACUCCUUACUCGGACGCCUCUUGCAAGAAGGAAAUCAAGAAUUACUCACCUGCGGGAAAGUUCGAUGCCGGCGAAGGCAUCAAGUCCAUUACCCCCGCUCACUGGUAUGAUGAAGCCAAUUUCCCGGACCAGACAGUCUAUUGGAAGGUCCCUGAGCUGGACUCAAACUGUCGUGUCGCCCUUAUGACACAAUAUGCUGUGGAAAACUAUGGCACCUUGCCAGGGGAUAGGGCUCCCGGAAAGGUCAUUCUCAAUGUUGGCGAGCCAGGCUGCUAUUACUCCAGCUUGCCCCAUGGGGGCGACAUUGCCUGGAGUUAUUGUUGUGGCUCCGACGAGUGUGCGAUCCUCGGGGGUAACAGCGCCGCACUUUCAAAGAGGUCUGAUGGAGACGAAAUUGUGGAUAGCCCUGAGGCUGAAGGAGUGACGCCCACGGAUGACGAUUCUGUUGACGCCGCCAAACGCUCGCUGGAAGUGCGUGGUGACGACGAUGACUGGAGCAACUGCGAAGCUGUUGACGUCUCCAAAGGAUGGACCACGUCGGGUGAUAUGCACAUGGCAGCCAACCUGCAGACGUGCACCGAGAAGAAUGGUUGCAAGUUCAAGGCCUCGAUGUCGAUUACCACCUCGACUACCGUCACAUCCAGCAGUUCCCAGACGAUCAACAACACAUUCAACGCUGGUCUCAAGGUCAGCGCAGGAUCAAACCUGUUCGGUCUCAGUGCUACUGCCAAACUCAGCUAUGAGUUCUCCAAGUCCGUCACCGAAAGCCAGGGAAUGUCGGUUCAGAACAGCACGACGUUCACUGCUAGCAACGAACUGCCCCAGCAUGAAGGCACCAGGGCCUACAUGGCUUUCAUCCCUUGGUACAAGUGCUUCGAUGCCAAGAUGAAGUGUGGCGAUACUAUUUCAGACGAGCUGGAAGUCUGCACCCCUGUCGUCGACGGCAAGCAGCCGCAGGGUGAGUACACAAUCGUCUACACCAAUUAAGGCGCUUGGAGGAACUUGGUGCGGUCUUCGAGUUUAUUAUUCGUCACUCCACCCACAAAGCACGCAAACUGUUCGGCCUCAAUGGAGAUCAUGUUAUAGUAAUUUCGAGUCUCCGGCGGCCUACUGUAUCUAUCUACGCC